UGAUCAACAGAAAGAGCCGAAGAUGUCGGCUCGGUCAUGUGAUCAGCUGUGUCCAAUCACAGGGACAUGUACACUGAUCAUCAGGGCACCGAUGAUCAGUGUGCCCUGAUGAUCAGUGUAGCCCCAGCAGUGCCACCUGUCAGUGCCCAUCAAUGCCAGCUGUCAGUGCUCAUCAAUGCCACCUGCCAGUGCCCAUCAGUGCCACAUCAAUGCCACAUAUCAGUGCCCAUCUGAGCUGCCUUUCAGUGUCACCUAUCAGUGCCAGUCAGUGCCACCUAUCAAUGCCAGUCUGUGCCACCUAUCAGUGCUGCCAAUCAGUGCCGCAUAUCAGUGCCAGUCAGUGCUGCUUAACAGUGCCAGUCAGU